AAUCCUUUUAACUUUUUUCAUAAUUUCAAAUCUUGUUUCUGGUUUCAAAAAUCAAAGCGAAAUAUACUAAAAUAGGGUCACUAGGGAGGUGGAAGAGGGUGAUGUGCACGUGGGGAUGUGUUAGCAAUAGCAUUCAUUUACUCCACCGAAAAGGCCCUGACUCUGAUAGAGAGAGUGGUCUUAAAAAAAUAAAAAUAAAAAGAGUUGGUGAGAAAAAUAAAAAAAUAUCUCAGUUGCCAGAUAUCUAUUUUCAUUUUGGUGACAGUCUGUUGUUUGUUUCACUCGUGGCUCCUCUCCCACCUCUUUCUUCUUCUUCUUCUACAUCUCUUCCCAUCUGUCUCUCAUAGAUCCAUCCAUGGCUUCCUUCGUGGAAUCUGGUUGGCAGUACCUUGUGACACAUUUUAGCGACUUUCAACUGGCAUGUAUUGGGAGUUUUCUCCUCCAUGAAAGCGUGUUUUUCUUAUCUGGACUCCCUUUCAUUUUUCUUGAAAGGCAAGGCUUUCUCAGCAAGUACAAAAUUCAGACAAAAAAUAACACACCUGCAGCCCAAGGAAAAUGUAUUACUCGCCUGUUGCUUUAUCAUUUCUCCGUAAACUUGCCCCUGAUGUUGGCCUCCUACCCUGUCUUCCGAGCCAUGGGAAUGCGAAGCAGUUUUCCUCUGCCGUCCUGGAAAGAAGUGUCUGCCCAGAUAUUAUUCUACUUUAUCAUUGAGGAUUUUGUCUUCUAUUGGGGUCAUCGGAUCUUGCAUUCAAAAUGGCUGUACAAGAACGUGCAUAGUGUGCAUCAUGAAUAUGCCACACCAUUUGGUUUGACAUCAGAAUAUGCUCACCCCGCUGAGAUUCUAUUUCUGGGUUUUGCUACCAUAGUCGGUCCAGCUCUUACUGGCCCUCACCUAAUUACUCUCUGGUUAUGGAUGGUGUUGAGAGUGCUGGAGACAGUUGAGGCACAUUGUGGUUAUCAUUUCCCAUGGAGCCUCUCAAAUUUUCUUCCUCUGUAUGGAGGUGCUGACUUCCAUGACUACCAUCACCGACUGCUAUACACAAAGUCCGGAAACUACUCUUCAACUUUUGUGUAUAUGGACUGGAUCUUUGGUACUGACAAGGGGUACAGAAGACUGAAGACCCUUAAAGAAAACGGUGACAUGAAACAAACGUGAAAUUGCCACUUUGGAUUGCAGAGUACAUUUGUCUUAGAGAGGUCUUAUUCUGCAACCUCUCCUUUUCUUUAACAUUUUGCUUUCAGGUUGCUGCAACGCUCAUGUGUCUUAGUUUAUUAUGUCUGACUAGAAUUGCUGCUCGUGUGGCCUAUUUGAAAAAACAUAUGGUACUUCAACUCAGUAUGUGUUUAGGUUGGGCAAUUAAAACAUUUUGUAUGGGUCAUCUAUUUGAAGCUUAAUAUAUCCUUGUCUCAUUUUUCUGUAUCAAGUUUAGAUGUUGCGCUACCAAAUUUUUGGGUAGGUUAUAGCCUUAUAGGAUUCAGAUGAAAAUAUAAUACCCCAAAAUUCUCGGCCCAAAUGCUUUGGGAGUGUUGGUUCGAUUUUCCUUCUUAAUAAAAUUCUUACAUUACAUGACAGGUAAGUUAAUUUUGAUUUUCCAUCAGACCAGUGAUCAUGUUUAGAUAAAACA